AUGGCCUCCGCCGACACUCUCCCCGCUGCGGUGCAGGGGCUAUCUAUCCAUUCCACGAGUGAACAGUCCAAGUUCGAGGGCUGCUUUCCUUCCCUGAACCCCAUCGAUAUCUACCGACAGGAGAUCGCUGAGAAGCUGGGCGCCGCGACCGGUAUCGAUUCCGAGAAGAUCUACACCCGCUUGAACUGGACCAGCACCUUGGACAAAGGUGACCUGAUCCUGCCGAUUCCCUCGCUGCAGAUCAAGAAGAAGCCCCAGGAACUGGCGCAAGAAUUGGCCGACAAGUUCCCCGAGUCCGACCUCGUCGAACCCCCGGUGCCGAUGGGCGUUCAUCUGCAGUUCUUCUGCAAGCUCAAGCCCCUCACCGAGACCGUCAUUACCCGCAUCCUGAAGGACAAGGCUGCCUUUGGUACCAACGGUAACCAGGGUCUGCGGGACCCCGCCGACCCCUCCAAGGGCCAGAAGAAGAUGAUUAUCGAGUUUUCAUCGCCAAAUAUUGCCAAGCCCUUCCACGCAGGCCAUUUGCGUAGUACAAUCAUUGGAGGUUUCCUCGCGAACCUGUUCACUGUCAUGGGAUGGGACGUGAUCAAGAUGAACUACCUCGGUGACUGGGGAAAGCAGUAUGGUCUGCUUGCCAACGGAUACAAGCUGUUCGGUAGCGAGGAGCAACUGAUCAAGAACCCCAUUGCCCAUCUGUUUGACGUUUACGUGAAGAUCAACGCCAUCGUCGCCGAACAGGACGGCCCGAUCAAAGACCUCAAGGAGCAAAUCAAGGCGAAGAAGGAGAAGGGCGAGGAAGUUGCCACUCUUGAGGCAGACCUGGCUAAGCUCGUCGAUGUCAGCGAGGAUGAGAAGGCUCGCCGUUACUUCAAGAGCAUGGAAGACGGCGACCCGGAUGCCCUCGCUCUGUGGAGCCGCUUCCGUGAUCUCAGUAUUGAGAAGUACAAGCAAACGUAUGCCCGUCUCAACAUCGACUUUGACGUCUACUCCGGAGAGUCUCAGAUCAAGCCUGAGAGCAUGGCGUCCGCCUACCGGACCAUGGAGAAGUCCGGCGUUUCCGAAGAGUCCGAGGGUGCUGUCAUCGUCGAUUUCACCAAGCAUGGUGCCAAGAAGCUCGGCAAGGCCAUUAUCGUUCGUAAAGACGGAACUCCUCUGUACCUGACGCGUGAUAUCGGUGCCAUCCAGGAGCGUGAAGAAGCGUACCACUUCGACAAGAUGAUCUACGUUGUCGCCGCCCAGCAGGAUCUCCACCUGGCCCAGCUCUUCAAGAUCACCGAACUGAUGGGCCUUAAGGAUCUUGCUGAUCGCUGCCAGCACAUCAACUUCGGCAUGGUCCGAGGAAUGAGCACCCGUAAGGGAACCGUCAAGUUCCUGGAUGACAUCCUGCGCGAUGUCGGUGAAAAGAUGCACGAGGUUAUGAAGAAGAAUACCGAAAAAUACGAGCAGGUCGAGGAUCCCGUGGGAACCGCUGAUAUCCUCGGUAUCACCUCUGUCAUGGUACAAGACAUGACUGGCAAACGUAUCAACGGAUACGACUUCAACCUUGAUGCCAUGACCUCCUUUGAAGGCGACACUGGUCCGUACCUGCAGUACGCCCACGCUCGCCUCUGCUCGAUGAGACGCAAGUCUGGUCUGAGCGACGAGGAGCUCUUGUCGGCAGACCUGAACCUCUUGACCGAGGCACACGCGACAGAGCUCGUCCGGCUGCUUUCCCAAUGGCCCGAUGUCCUGCUCAACACCACCAAGACCCUUGAACCUACCACCAUCAUCACCUAUCUGUUCCGCAUGACCCACGCCCUCAGCUCCAGCUACGAUGUCCUGAAGGUGAUCGGGAGCGAACCGGAGCUGAAGAAGGCCCGCAUGGCUCUGUACGCAUCCGCCAGACAGGUUCUACACAACGGCAUGCGGGUUCUUGGUCUCAGCCCUGUUGAACGGUAA